GCAGCGGAAGUCCUUCUUCCCGCGGCAGUUUCCCGGGCGCACGUGUGUGUAAUGGCGGGGAUACCACUGGACAACUGGCGGCCCGCUACGGUCUCCCUGGACACCAGUAUGGGCACAAUUACGGUGGAGUUAUACUGGGACCAUGCGCCCCGGACUUGUAAGAACUUCGCGGAGCUCUCCCGGCGCGGCUACUACAACGGCACCAAGUUCCACCGCGUCAUCAAGGACUUUAUGGUCCAAGGCGGGGACCCUACAGGCACCGGGCGCGGAGGGGGCUCCAUCUACGACGGGAAACACUUUGAAGAUGAGCUCCACCCGGAGCUGAAGUUCACCGGGGCCGGUAUCCUCGCCAUGGCCAAUGCCGGGCCUGACACCAAUGGCAGCCAGUUCUUCCUCACCCUCGCCCCGUCCCAGUGGCUGGACAGCAAGCACACUAUCUUUGGGCGGGUGUGCCAGGGCCUUGGUACCCUGAACAGGCUGGGUAUGGUGGAGACGGACAGCCAGGACCGGCCGCUGGACGAGGUGAAGAUCCUCCGGGCCCACCCACAGGGCUGAUGGAGGAGCCGGGCGUGCAUGUCCGUCUGUGGACUGGAGGAGCCGGGCGUGCAUGUCCGUCUAUGGACUGGAGGAGCCGGGCGUGCAUGUCCGUCUGUGGACUGGAGGAGCCGGGCGUGCAUGUCCGUCUGUGGACUGGAGGAGCCGGGCGUGCAUGUCCGUCUGUGGACUGGAGGAGCCGGGCGUGCAUGUCCGUCUGUGGACUGGAGGAGCCGGGCGUGCAUGUCCGUCUGUGGACUGGAGGAGCCGGGCGUGCAUGUCCGUCUGUGGACUGGAGGAGCCGGGCGUGCACGUCGCACUAUGGACUGGCUGCACGGACUUGUGGACAGCUUUAGAUUAUUUUUUUUGUUUUCAUUGUGGUUUUUUUUUACAUUGUAACUUCACUUUUCUAAUGAAAAUCUGAGUAAAAAUAAAUCCUUACUUACAUCA